CUGUUUGUUCGCGCGUCGGCUUUGUUCGCCCCGGAGGCGACUCCAGGGACGAGGGACCAGAGGCCGCAAAGAGCUCGGGGCUGAGCCGGAAUCUCGGUGAGGCCGUGGGAUGGCACUCGGGUCCCGAGGCUGCAGGGUGCGGAGAUUGUUAAGGAGGUCAAGGUGCCACAGGCUACCCUGGGUGUCCCAGCCCAUGGAACGGGGGACAGUUGCCAUACACCUGUGGCAGAGGAAGAGGAGGCUGGCAUCCCAAUACCAGCACCAGGGUUCCUGCAGGUCACGGAGAGGAGGCAGCCCCUGAGCAGUGUCUCCUCUCUGGAGGUCCACUUUGAUCUCCUGGACCUCACUGAGCUGACCGACAUGUCUGACCAGGAGCUAGCGGAGGUCUUCGCAGACUCUGACGACGAGAAUCUUGCCAGUGAAUCCCCAGCAGGUCUGCACCCUCUGCCCCGGGCCAGCUGCUUACGCUCUCCAUCCUGGACAAAAACGAAGGCUGAACAAAACCGUGACAAACAGCCCCCUGGUGACCCGGAGCGGCAAGCUACAAUUGUGGAUACAUUCCUCACCAUAGAGGGGCCCAAGGAGGACUAGCUUGGCUCUGUUAUAGAGCUGGUGAAAGACUGGGCCAGGUGACCACUGUGUUGGAAAAUCCUACAGUCCUGGCUACAGGGACAUACUCCAUCCACCCUAAGAUUCCAACCACCUCCUGACACCAGGUCAAGGUCAGGGUCCCAAGCACAGGCCUAUGGGUACCCCAUCAUAAGCACAGCCCAGUAGCCUUACAUUCAGCUGGCUCCUGGGCCCUGGAUCAGGGAUGAAACAAGGAGUGGACAAUGGUGGCCUGAGCCUUCUGGAUACUUGUCUGUAGGACUAAACUUCUUGUCUGUCAUAAGACUCCCAGAUAGGCUCAGGAUGAGAGCAUCCAAGCCCAUGAGAGCUGCCCAGGAACCCCUCAGGGGUCUUACUCCAACCUCAGUUGUUCCCCAUGCCAACGAGCUCAGAAGCUUGAGGUGAGUUUGGUGGUGGCUCAUGGGAUGCUCUAGUGUCCAUCCCCAAAAUUUCCACCAUGACUUAAGUUUUGCUCCCUUUCUCUGCCCUAGGCAGGCACUGUUGGUCCCAGAGUCUCCUCCUCAGGCCUGCUUCUCUUGGUCCACGUGUGACAGGCAAGGGCUGAGGGCUUAGCCCAUCUCCUUCCUAACUUAGCACACCAAAUACCGCCAGGCUGCCUCAGAACCUUGGUGACACUUCCCAGACUGCUUGGAGGGGCAGAAUUCACUCUCCCCAUCCAUAUCUGUGCAAGGACAUGUACUGUCUGUCCUCCACAUCCCACUGCCUAGCUGCACCACCUGCCACAAAUGACCAGAGGCUUUUACCCUGUGGAUAUGUUCCAGAAGCAGCACCAAAAAAAGGCACGGGAGACAGAGCCAUCCUGGCCACCCACUCUGCUGUGGGAUGUUAGGGUACUCAGCUUAACCAUUCCCAGUACUGCUUUCCAUGUUUUCUAAGACAGAACAGGCUACUGCUCUGACAGAAUCAAGGCUGGUUUUGAAAUAAAACUUUAAGCUUGCUUUUUUGUUCCUAGGCCAACCUGUUGUGCCCUGCUUCCCAACUACAAAAAGCAUUUCUGGGGAAGGAAGACAGGCUCUUGAUAUCCUCACUGGACUUGCCUGGGCUUCUGCUACGUGUGGAAGGCAUCCUCAGCCUGUCUGCACUGUCAGCCCAAAAGGCAACUCCAGUUUCUGCCCACGUCUCCUAAAAUGAAAACCAUCCCUGGUUUCCAAAGGACACAGAACAGGCAGCUGUCUUUCAAGCUCACUGGUAGCUAUGUGCCCUGGCCACACCCGCCCACCGGGAUCUCCCCCCACCCAGUGAAUACCCUCUGGCUGCAGCUUCCAUGGGGCACAUUUACAGGAUGGGAUUAAAGUAUCACCACCAUCUGAA